CCAUCAACAACCCUAUCGCGUUUUCUUGUGUUCUUUUAAAACCACGAUUUUCUCACUUAAAAAAAAAUAUACCUUACGCCGGGAAAUAAAUACAAGCUAUUAAACCCCUCUUGCUCCUGGAACCUCCAGAAAUUCAGCCAGGAGACCGUGUUAUUUACCAAAUACAUCGCACAACAAGUGCCGCCUAACGAAACGCACGUGGGCACGGAGAUGGAUGUGGAAAACGGCGAGGGGCAGGUGCAGGUGCACCUCAAGACCAAACAGGAGCACUAUGCCGUGCCGGAUGUACCCUAUGCCAUCGAUGGAACUGUAACCACCGCGGAGCUAAACACGUUCGUGAACACAUUGCUCCAGCAGAAAGAUGGCUCAUCGGUGGACUUCGAUUUUCUUGUAUUUGACGAGUACCUACGAGGUCGGCUAUGCGAUCACCUGCGCGAGAAAGCCAUAAGUUUCGAGGACGCCAUCGAGAUAGAGUACGUGGAAAGAUUCCCAGCUCCAGAGCCGCAGGAUUGCCUGCUCCACGACGACUGGGUGUCUGCGGUGAAAGCGAACGGAAAAUGGAUAUUAACGGGAUGCUACGACAAUACGCUAAACAUCUGGACCAACAAGGGAAAACACAUUCUUACUAUUUCGGGUCACACGGCACCCAUUAAGGCGGUCGAUUGGAUAUCGCUGGAUGAAGAAUCCGGUCGCUUUGUGUCUAGUUCUCAGGAUCAAACAGCCAUGCUGUGGCAGUGGAACGUGGGCUCGAACACGGCCGAGUGCGUAUCCGUGUGCAAGGGUCACGAACGAGGCGUCGAUAGUGUCAGUGUGAGUCCCGAUGGCCAACGCUUCGCCACCGGUUCCUGGGACACUAUGCUUAAGGUCUGGUCUGCCGAGCUGGAUGAUGCGGGUGAGGGUACAUCCAAACGAAUGAAAGAGAGCGGAGUGAGGACUCCCAAGAUGACGCUUCAGGGACACAGGGAGAGCAUUUCUGCGGUGCAAUGGAUGGACGCCAGCACUUUACUUACUGGAAGUUGGGAUCACACGUUGAAAGUGUGGGAUUUGAGCCUGGAAGGUAUUAAGACCGAAAUAUCCACCAACAAGUCCAUCUUCGAUGCCAGCUACUCCAAUCUUAAUCGCUUGAUAUUGACCGCUUCGGCGGACAAGAAUCUACGUCUAUAUGACGCCAGAACAAACCAGGGUUCUGUGGUGCGCAACACCUAUCUGGGACACAAUGCUUGGGUACAAGCGGUAAUGUGGUCCACCACCGAGGAGUUCCUGUUUGUCUCCGGCGCCUACGACAACCAGAAUAAGCUGUGGGACUGCCGUAGUCCGAAAGCGCCACUUUACGAUCUGCUGGGUCAUGGAGAAAAGGUUCUAGACAUUGACUGGACGAAUCCCAAGUACAUCGUCUCUGGCGGUGCCGACAACUCUGUGCGCGUUUUUAAAUCCCGAAAAGCGGUAACAGAAAGCAUGGACACUAAGUAAUUGUAACGCUGUAAACAAUAGAUUUAAAAUAAAUUUGGAUAACACCUGAA